CAUCCGAUUCNGUUCUCGCGGUGGUCCGCGGUGAUUCCGCUGAACUUCACCGAGUCGUUAGACUACGAAUCGUCAGACAUACGAAUCGGAUUCUACCAGGGCGAUCACGGCGAUGGAGAGGCGUUUGACGGAGUAUUAGGCGUUUUAGCGCACGCGUUUUCGCCGGAAAACGGAAGGCUCCACCUGGACGCGGCAGAGAGGUGGGCGGUGGAUUUCGAAAAGGAGAAAUCGAAAGUGGCAGUGGAUUUGGAAUCGGUUGUGACGCAUGAGAUAGGGCACGUUCUUGGACUGGCUCACUCUGCGGUGAAGGAAGCAGUGAUGUAUCCGAGUCUGAGUCCGCGAGGGAAGAAGGUGGAGCUGAGGAUGGAUGACGUGGAAGGAGUCCAGGCUUUGUAUGGUUCAAAUCCCAAUUUCAAAUUGGAUUCGUUUUUGGAAUCUGAAAAGUCCACCAACACUGGAUCUUCAAACACCACUAAUUUCUUCUUCUUCUUUUUCUUCUCCUUCUUCAUUUUCGUAUGGUUUUAG